AUAUUUACAUGUCCAAGAGGUUUUUUUUUGUUGUUUGAAUAUUCUUUCGGACAUUUUUUAAAUUAAAGACUUUCUUAAAUUCUUGGUUGACUGCUCCUUUGCUCUUCAAGAACGGGACCCUCAAAAAGCUGAUUGAAAGGUCUGUUUUGGGGGGCAGAUGGAGCUUAUUGAUGUGAGUUUCAGUCUACUGUGAUCUGGCUGGGCUAUUACAUUGUGAAAUCUCUCAUAUUGGUAUCUUUUAGAUUUUUUUUCUCUUACAUAGGUAAGAUUCCCUCAAGAAGGCUUGUAUAUUCUCUUACUGAAGGAUAUAAGCCAGACUGUCAGCUUUCUCAAAGUAGGGAAAGAAGUUUUACAGGCUCAACCUUCAGGGCAUAAACUUAAACUUAAUGCCUCUGUUUUCAGUAAAAUACUCAAGCUUUUAACUGUGCCUAAUGCUCUCCAGUUAGAUACCAUGCAUCAACCCUCUCAAGUCUUGUACCAACUUUGGGGAGGGGCCUUUCCUUGGUUAUAUGGAGGAGGGAGGGAAUGCAGGGAGUCUAUUUGUUUCUUACAUAGUCUUUCAGCCUACCCUGGUUUUAGCCCACUUUCACCUCCACCUUCAGUUACUUGGUGUCACCAGUUCAACUUGAGCCUUUAGGGAUUUCUUUGAUGUAGAUCAAGUUGCUUUUUCACUUCCCAUUGUUAGUUCUGGGAUUCAUCUUUAUUUCAUUUAAUUACCUUCCACCUAAAGGCUUUCAAAGUUUUAAUAAUUUUGGGUCUCAUACUCUAUUCUAAUGGGUUAUUGUCUUUUAAAAAGGAUAUAUUAAUUAAGACAGGAAUUGUGCAGGUCCUUCUGUUUUCUUCAGUCUUGUUUUCAGCAGUGAAGAAGCUAGAGAAAAUGGGAUAAAUGAAAAAAUGAUAAAAACUUGCUUUUUACUACAUGAAACGUAAAUUGUGGUGUCAUGGUUAAAAACUUCACACAUAAUGAUUUGAAGAGUUUUGUCCCUGACUUUGCUUCUUUAAAACAUAUGUGUGUUUCUGCAUAUUUUACUGUUACCAGUAUUACAAUACCUAGUUAUGCUGAGUAUAUGUGGCCCAGUUUUAAGGACUGGAAGUUUUAAGGAUUGAAUGGAGAUGAUCUUGCCUCUGCCUUGAGUUCCCAGUCUAAUUUACUGUACGAAUACUGAUUUUAGUUUUUCCCAACUUUUGUUCCCACGUGCCUUUCCUCAGAAUUUACUUUCCCAUUCAAAUGAGUUUCUCUACCUUUUAUUUGCAUUAUGAAAUUUAUAUUGGCUUCUACCUGCCUGUUUCUUACACAUUAAGAAGUGUAAACAAAGCAGAGUGUCUUCCUUCAAAACGGUUAGACCGAACUAAAGCAUUGUUUUGAAGCUUGUUCACAGACAAGGCACCAUUUGUUAUCCUGACACUACCUCAAGCACAAAAAAAAUUGCUUUCUUCCUCUGCACCCUUCCCCUCACACUUAACGUGUGGCCAUUUUUCAUGGCUCACUCCCACUUCAAAGUUCCUCAUUCGUCACAGGAUCAUUUCUCAACAGCUGUUGCUAAUUUCUCGGUCCUAGCAGUAUGGGUACAGCACACUAAAGUUUACAAAGCGCUCUGCAGCACGUUAUUGACUGUAAUCCUCCUCACAAUCCUGCCCGGCAGCAGCGCCAGGUGCUCAGAGGUCACGGCUGGUGGGUUUUCGUAGCUAUCCGAGCAGCCGUCCGGGAGCAAAGCGGACAGCACGGCCUUGGUACACCGCGCGCGGUCGGCAGUGCGCUAACUCGGGAUGGAGCCUUCGGCUCCGCCCAGGAGCGCCAGAGCACGACCCAGCAGAGCUUCCCGCACCAGAUACCAUUUCCCAUUUGGGCCCAGACGUCAGUUCGAACCCAUGCGGUCGGCAGCCCUUAUAUCUCUUCAGCCGGGUCUCUCCCGGACUGCAAAGGAACCCUGAGCGAUAGCGGAAACCUCUCAGCACUAGUGUCCUGUAUUCACCAAUCUUCAGAGCGGCUGCACCCGGGGACGCGCACUGUUCUGCUUUACGGCAAGGGCGCGCGCGUUCGCGACAGCGUGACGCCAGGAGGUUUUGGCGGGAAAAGCGCUGCAUUUGGAUUCCUGUGGUGGCGGGCUCUGGAGAGCUCGCCACGGUGCUCGGUGGAGUCAUGGCAGUACCCUUUGUGGAAGACUGGGACUUGGUGCAAACCCUGGGAGAAGGUGCCUACGGAGAAGUUCAACUUGCUGUGAAUAGAAUAACUGAAGAAGCAGUUGCGGUGAAGAUUGUAGACAUGAAGCGUGCCAUAGACUGUCCAGAAAAUAUUAAAAAAGAGAUCUGUAUCAAUAAAAUGCUCAAUCAUGAGAAUGUAGUGAAAUUCUAUGGUCAUAGGAGAGAAGGCACUAUCCAGUAUCUAUUUCUGGAGUACUGUAGUGGAGGAGAACUUUUUGACAGAAUAGAGCCAGACAUAGGGAUGCCUGAACAAGAUGCUCAGAGGUUCUUCCAUCAACUCAUGGCAGGGGUGGUUUAUCUGCAUGGUAUUGGAAUAACUCACAGGGAUAUUAAACCAGAAAAUCUCCUGUUGGAUGAAAGGGAUAAUCUCAAAAUCUCGGACUUUGGCUUGGCGACAGUGUUUCGACAUAAUAAUCGAGAGCGUUUGUUGAACAAGAUGUGUGGUACUUUACCUUAUGUUGCUCCAGAACUUCUAAAAAGAAAAGAAUUUCAUGCAGAACCAGUUGAUGUUUGGUCCUGUGGAAUAGUACUUACUGCAAUGUUGGCUGGAGAAUUGCCGUGGGACCAGCCCAGUGACAGUUGUCAGGAAUAUUCUGAUUGGAAAGAAAAAAAAACAUACCUCAACCCGUGGAAAAAAAUCGAUUCUGCUCCUCUAGCUCUGCUGCAUAAAAUCCUAGUUGAGAAUCCAUCAGUAAGAAUUACCAUCCCAGACAUCAAAAAAGAUAGAUGGUACAACAAACUCCUCAAGAAAGGGGCAAAGAGGCCACGAGUCACUUCAGGUGGUAUGUCAGAAUCUCCCAGUGGAUUCUCUAAGCACAUUCAUUCCAAUUUGGACUUCUCUCCAAUAAACAGUGCUUCUAGUGAAGAAAAUGUGAAGUACUCGAGUUCCCAGCCAGAACCACGGACAGGUCUGUCCUUAUGGGAUACCAGUCCCUCAUACAUUGAUAAACUGGUACAAGGAAUCAGUUUUUCCCAGCCCACAUGUCCUGAUCAUAUGCUUCUGAAUAGUCAGUUACUUGGCACCCCAGGAUCCUCACAGAAUCCCUGGCAGCGCUUGGUCAAAAGAAUGACACGAUUCUUUACCAAAUUGGAUGCAGACAAAUCUUAUCAGUGCCUGAAAGAGACCUGUGAGAAGUUGGGCUAUCAAUGGAAGAGUUGUAUGAAUCAGGGUGACGGAUUGGAGUUCAAGAGACACUUCCUGAAGAUUAAAGGGAAGCUGAGUGAUGUUGUGAGCAGCCAGAAGGUUUGGCUUCCUGGCACAUGAUUGAUCCAUUGGGGGAUUCCUGAUGAAUAUAGUGCUGCUAUGUUGACAUUAUUCUUCCUAGAGAAGAUUAUCUUAUUCUGCAAACUGCAAACAAUAGUUCCUAAAGAGUUCACAUCCCUCUUUAUCCAAACAUUUUCUAAUUCUUUUUGUAUGUUCUGCAUACAAAUACCUUUAUCUUAAUUGUAAGUAAAACUUUGGGGAAGAGAUGGAUAGAAUUUAUUAGAUAUUGCUUCAUCUGUGUUUAGUGUCUGAAUUUAAAACUCAUCUGGUGGAAUCCAAGUUUUAGGGUACUUUGCCAGCUUUUAUACCAACAUAUAUCUCAUUUUGUUAUCCAAAAAGCACAUAUUUCCUCCAUGUUGAUUUAAUUAUAAGGGUGAAUUAGUAAGGGAUUAAUCUUUGUGACUUUUGGAUGGUAGAUUUAUAAGUCUGUGAAGUGAGGCCAACUUCAAAGAAUGUAUCCCCAAGAUUUGUACUUACAUUUUCAAAAGGGCCUGACCAGUUAUAUAAACCUGUUUGAGUUAAAACAAUUAAUUGAAUUUGCAGGUAGGUGUUUUUUCUGGUAUAGUUAGUAAUAUAUAAAAUACUGGUUGGUCUUUCAAGUAGAAGUUGAGCAUAAAGUCUAGUGCUUAACUAACUUUAAGAAUUACUGUUGCACAUUUUAAAUAUUUUUCUAUAUUCUACCUUCACAGCCAUAUUUUAAUUCUUUACUACAGAAAUAAAUUCUAUUUUGAAAAUGAAUAUCUAACUUUGUGGCCUUAUUGGUGACUAAGUAUCUAGGUGAUAAAGAAUAAAAGGGGGAGGGAGGAAUAAGUCAGCUAUAAUGUAAAUAGAUCUGAUUCCUGGUUUCUUUACCUAUUAGGCUUAUUAAAACUUUGUUUUUCUAAUAAAAUUUAUGUUAACUUUUGAAUGUAUUAGGUUUAGGCCUUAUAUUUUUUCUAUGUGGAUUAUAAAAUUAAUCAGUUAUCUUAGUCUGAAACUAAGAACAUGUAAAUGUUAUGAUUAGAGUUUAUCACAUACUAGAUGUAUACUAGCCAAUUGUGUUACUGCAGUAAACCCAGAGGAGGAAUAAAUUUGAACCUGUUUUAUUUAUUUGAACCUAUUUUGGGGGCUCCUAAGAAUUGAGCCAGUAAAUUCUCAAAUGUGGGAGAAAUUUUGUUCUUGAGAAUUAUCUGCCAGCCUUUAGUAUCUGUCAAAAGCAAAGUUGUUUCUUGACUUCAACCUCUUCCCUGAGGUUUUAGCUACAUUUUCACUUGGAAGUCCAAGGCAUCUCAUGACCAAAAACAGCUUUUGAUUCCUACCCUCCAACCUGUUCCUCUCCUAAUUUCCCCAUCUCAAAACCCUAGAAAUCAUCCUUGACAAUCAAUCAUUCUUUCCAUAUUCUACAUUCAGUUCACCUGAUACUAUUUAAUUUAGCAAAUAUUCAGAACAUCUUUCACUUCACACCUCUGCUGGUACCACUCUAGAGUCUAGAGAGACAUUGUUGUCUCUCCUUUUUUAUUACUUGUGCCUCAGCAGUUUAUCUUCCAGAAAAGCAGUCAGAAUGGUCCUUUUAAAAUGUCAAUCAGAUAUACCUGCCCCACUCUCAGUUCUCAUGGCUUUUCAAUCACACCUAAAACAAAAUUCAAAAUUCUAUGUAUGAACUAUAUACAGUUUUAUGUGAUGUGUCCUCUGGCCACCUCUUUGACUUCAUCUGCCACUUUCCUCCUUCAUUCUGCUCUAGCCAUGUUGGCUUUGCUGUUCUCACAAGAUAUAAGCACAUUCCCUCCUCUGGGUCUUUUUACUUGAUGUUCCAUGUCCCUUAAGGACACCAAAUACUUGUGUUGCUUGUGCAUCCCUUUAGGUCUCUGCUUAAUUGUCCCUUUUACAAAGUCUUUCCCUGACUUGUCUAAAAUAAUACUCUCCUCUGUCACUCUCUUUCUUUUAAUUUUUCAUCAUAAUGCUUAUUUCCUGAUAUUAUAGGAUAUUUUUAUUUGGCUAUUAAAUGUCUGUUUUCCCCAUUAGAAUAUAGGCUUCUUGAUGUCAGAGACCCUAUCUGUCUUAUUUAGAUCUGUAUCCCCACCAUUCAGAAUAGUGCCUGAUAACAUUAUAGCAUACAAUAAAUAUCUGUUUAACAAAGAAAUCAGCACUCAGUUGAUGUGAUCUAUCCUCAGAAUAUAUCCAGAAGCUGUCCACUUCUCUACAUUUCCUUUGUUGCCACCCUAGUUCAAACUCUUUCAUCUCCCCUCUGGAUUUCUGUAAUAAAAACUAGUCUUCCCCCUUCAACCUUUGCCAUUGCCCAGCUCCCUUCGUCUCUUUCUUUUUAAAUUAUUUUUUUAAAAUAUAAAUUGUACUGUGACCCUUCCUU